AUUUUGCACAAGGAAAACAAAAAGAAAAGUGAUGAUGGUCACGUCCUAACCUCCAAAAACCUUCCUUGAAUCCGACUCCAACUCCAACUCAGCAUUUCACAUCCGAAAUAAAAUCUUGGUCUUUCCUUUCAUAAUCAAUCCCGGCUAUUAUAGUUCAACAUCAUAAUAAACUAGGCAAUUUUGGCCAAGUUAAUCCAAAGAAAGACUCUUUCUUUCUUCACAAAAUAAUUUCUUUUUUGGUCCCCAAAACCAAAAAAAAAGAUAUGACUGAAGUAGUACUCCACCAAUCCCCAUCUCAUUUCCCUUCAACAACAAGCUCUUCUUCUCCUUCUUCUUCUACUUCUUCUACAACAUGUGAUGGUUCAGACCCCAAUGCCCUUAUUAACAGUCAAAUAAUUGAAUCCCAUUUGGGUUCAGAAGAAGAGGAAGAGGAAGAGGAAGAGGAAGAAGAAGAGAGUUGUGGAUUUAGUGAGAGAAAAAGGAAGGAGAGAGAUAGAGAUCAGGGAGAUCAGUUGUCUGUUUUGGAGCUUUUGGUGGCUGCUUUUAGAAAGUCUUUGAUUGGGCCUUGUAGUAAUACUGAGAGAGGAAAGUUCUCUUCUGCUAUGGAGAUUGGUUGGCCUUCAAAUGUUAGGCAUGUUGCCCAUGUCACCUUUGAUCGCUUCAAUGGCUUUCUUGGCUUGCCUGUUGAGUUUGAGCCUGAAGUUCCCAGGAGGCCUCCUAGUGCCAGUACAAAUGUUUUUGGGGUUUCUACCGAGUCUAUGCAACUUUCGUUUGAUUCCAGAGGAAACAGCGUCCCAACAAUACUCCUGUUGAUGCAAAGGCAUUUGUAUGCGCGAGGGGGUCUUCAGGCAGAAGGGAUCUUCAGAAUUAAUGCUGAGAACAGCCAAGAGGAGUAUGUUAGGGACCAAUUAAAUAGGGGGGUGAUACCAGAUGACAUUGAUGUUCAUUGUUUGGCUGGCCUUAUUAAGGCUUGGUUUAGAGAACUUCCAACCGGUUUGUUGGACUCUCUCUCACCGGAGCAGGUGAUGCAGUCCCAAUCGUAAGAGGAGCGUGCGUACCUUGUGAGGCUCCUUCCCCAGACAGAAGCCGCAUUGCUUGAUUGGGCAGUAAACCUCAUGGCAGAUGUCGCGCAACUGGAGCAUCUGAACAAGAUGAACGCCCGCAAUGUUGCUAUGGUGUUUGCACCAAACAUGACUCAGAAUGCAGAUGCUUUGACUGCAUUGAUGUACGCAGUCCAAGUGAUGAAUUUCCUCAAGACUCUCAUUGUCAGGACACUUAGAGAAAGAGAAGACUCUGUGGUCGAAACAUCUCCCCAAACUCGCCUUGGGCCUUCCGAUGAGGAUGGCCACCAAAGCUCUUCCCAACCAUGCACCAAAGAGGCCAAGGAGGAGACUGGCGCGGGAAAUGAAGGCGAGAAAGUGUAUCUCACUGAUGAACCUGCUCCAGAAAGCCCUUCUUGGCACUCAACUCAAGAUGAAAGUACCAUAACUGGAGAUGGAUCUCCGUGUUUCUUAUCUUCCAUUGAGAACAUCAUUACUGGAGGAAACCGGUCUUUCGCUGACAAUUGUCCUUGUGAGGUUGUGUCCCAAGUCACCUCUCCCAAAUGUCAAAGUGGAGAGACUCAAAAAAACACAUUGAAGAGCAAAACAGGUCAAUCAAGCAGUUCAAGCCACAAGAAAGGGUCCAAGAAGGUGAAUGAACAGACAAUAGUUCAGAGCAUCCGAUCCGGUGAGAAGAUCAAGAAAGCGGGAAUUCUUGGCCGCAUAAAUUCAAGAAAGGAGCUUGUUGAAGCUUGGCGUUGAAACUUGAAAGCUCUUUGAUUAUUGUUCUGGGGGAAAGAAUGUUGAAAGAAGAAAUUUUGGCAAUUCUUUGGUUUCUUUUUCCCAUUAUCUGUGUUGGUAAAAAUGUGGUGUGUAUGAUUUCAUCAUGUGUGGUUUUCACGUUUGGUUCUUCUUAGCCUGUAUGUUUUUUCACUUGACAUUUUGGUAACCCCAUGUUAACCAUCUUCUAUCUUUGGAAGUAAAGCUCCUAACCCAAUACAUUCACGUUGUAUUAUAUAUAUAUAUAUAUAUACACACACACACACACACGCACGUACACACACACAUGAU